GAAAGCUCGAGCGCAGGCAUGAUGCAGAUCUGUGUGCGGAAACCCGGUCUGCCCAGUCUGGCACGUGGGACGGACGGUGUUGGAUGUUGGUGCUGUUGUCGCGCCUGUGUCGCCUGAGAAUCGACAAAUACUCUCUAGAUCGUUCUCAUUAGUAAGUUUGUAAGUUUCUGAAGCUGUGAGCGAGGGACAGCAGCGAAAUUUGCUCACCUCCAACAAGGAAGGAGUUGCCCUGAUGUCAGCCCCAAAUACCGAUUUGGGCGAGCUGGCUGCGAUCCCCCUCAGCCAAAUUUUGGGCAGUAAGCCGGGGACUUCAACGGAUGAUCAAGCAGCAGCUGCUAGCCCAGCUCCUGGGCCGGUCACUCAGCCAAGCAGUGCCAGGGCAACCUCGGCAGAAGGGAGCUCCAGAUCCAAGGAGAAGCACAGCGCCACAGAGAAGCGACGGCGAGAUCGCAUCCAUGAAGGAAUUGUGAUGCUGCGAGAGGUGGUGGUGCCCCAGAAAGAGAAGGAGGACCAGGCAGCCUUCCUGAGAUCUGCCGCAGAAUACAUCCGCCAACUGCAGACGGCGCUGCAGUGCUUCACUGCGAUGGGCGCGGUCAAGAACCUGCCGGAGGAGGUGCAGUGGAGCAUCCGGGCGCUGCUGUCACGCGGCGUUCCUGCCGCAGCCCCGGCCGCACCGGCCGCCGCGCCGCCGCUGUCAUUCCCGGGCCUGCCGCAAGUGCUGCUGCAGCUCAUGGGCAACAUGAACGGCAAGGAGCAGUUGCAGGCACAUGCGCAGGCGCUGGACCCGGCGCAAAUGCAGAGCGCGAUGCAGCAGGCGAUGAUGGUUCAGCAGUGGCAGCACCACCUGCAGCAGUGCGCGGCCCAGGCUGCCCACCCCGGGCAGCAGCACCUGCCCGGAAUGUCCUGCCACGACCCGCAGCCGCACCCAGCCUCUGAUGCCGGGGCUGGUGUCAAGGAGCAGUGAGGAGAAGAGAGUACGAAGGCACGCUAUAUAUGUGGCAGCUUGCAGAGACAAGCAGAAAGUUUCAGCGCUCAUGGAUGUCCAGGGGCCUGGGGGCUGGCUUACAAGAUGCGCUGCCUCCUACUACUGUCUGUCACAGUGUGACGGGGCCACAGGCAUUGCAGGGCUUUUUAAAACAAAAAUAUGCAGACACCGAUGUGGAGUGGGUUAGCCAGGGCGACAUUGCAGAAACGUAAUAAUGACCGCGGUUUGUACAGCAGCUUUGUGUCGGGUGAAUUCCCUGACCCAGAGGCAAGGAGCCACCAAAGACACCUACGGGAUGCCAUUCGAGACUGAAACAAAGCACAGUCAUCACUACCUAUGGGUCUAACUUUAUGGCUGGCAAGCAAUCGUGAUAAUAUGCGAGGAAUAGAAUGUGUACCUCAGGCUUCGGGCUUUUGCUGGAUACCACAAUCUGUGAGCCUAUGAACAAGUGAAGUGUGAUCCAUGCACCAUGGUGAUGGACAACAUGGUACAGCAUGGUAUGUAAUGCUUGAGAUUGUACAUGCCACAGUGUGCAAUGUGUAAAUCUUCCCAUUC